AUGCAAGAAGUGGUCGGCAGAAGAAUGGAAAAAAUGAACGUAUGGUUCCUUGGACCAGGUCAUGUGUCUAAAUAUUUCUUCGAUGCUUUCAUGAGCGUGUGGAAUGGCUUAAGACAUGCCUUCGAUGAGCAACACAAAUUUCACCCUGACUACGAAAUAUGGGUAACCGGCCAUUCGCUCGGGGGUGCCAUGGCGUCUCUCGCAGCACAUUACAUCAGGAGAAAGUACGAUAUCCCUGCAAAUCAGAUAAAGCUGGUAACAUUCGGACAGCCGAGAACGGGCGAUGAUGAGUAUAGUAAAUUGUUUAAUGCAGAGACUUCCUCAUGCAGCAAAAUAUUGACGGCUGAGAUUUGGCUGAAACGGAUUUUGCCAGAGCUACAAAACAACUUUUCACCAAUAAUCAAGAGAUUUCAUAGUUAUGUUAUGGUCAUCGAAACUUUCAAUCCGACCGAGCUCAUCCGGAAGGUGGCUAAGAGUGUUACAAAAAAGUGGAAGCUGAUAUACAUAAAGCUAAGAGCGUUUGGGGUUCGUCCUCGUGCUGUAAAGUUUGGAUGUGCCGAGCAGGAGAUGCGCCUGAAACGAACUUUCACCAGGAGGAAACCGCUAACACGGAAAGUGAUAUUUUGCCUCUUUCAAGCAUCGCUCUCAGAGCUCAUUUAUUUCCCCAGUAAAUCUGAGUAA